ACUCCCAAAAAUCUCCACUGCAGACUACAAGUCCCAGGAUGCCUUGCGAGGCCUGGAUCACAUGACCUCUUGCAAAAAAAAAAAACAAAAAAAAAGGAAGGGAGUUUUUAAAGCAAAGGCAGAUGAGAGGCGUUUCCUGCUGAUUGGAGAAAGAAGCAGGCUUUGCAAGAGAGCUCAGCUUUGCUUUUGAAAACAAGGAGGAGAAGAAGAAAAAAAGCCAAGAUGAUGCCAAUGCAUUUUUAUUUCUCGGACAAAGUGGUCCUUCUGUUCGACUUCUGGAACGUCCACAGUCCAGCAGGGAUGGUGCUCACCGUGGUGGUCAUCCUGCUGCUAGCGGUGCUAUACGAAGCCAUCAAAGCGGGCAAGUUGAAGCUGAUUCAGUGUGCCAUGCCGGUGGUUCCUCCCAGCAUCAGCCAAGAGGCCUUAGGAGAACCAGAGAUCACGUCUAUUAACACGGGCACGGCUCAGCUAUCGCGCACCUCAAAAAUCCCUUUCCCUUGGCACGUGGUCCAGACCUUGAUCCACGUGGUCCAGGUAGUCCUCGGAUACAUGGUGAUGCUGGCGGUGAUGUCGUACAACUCGUGGGUCUUCAUCGGCGUCAUCGUGGGCUCGGCCAUUGGCUACUACGUGACAUAUCCUUUGAUCAGUGUCCGAUAGCAGCAACGUGGUCUACUUUGACCGAGAACCAUAAGAACCAGACGUUGGUAGAUGAAGGCCAGCUCAAUGGCGAUUCCAAGACAGUCCUUUGUUCCGUCUGAUUCGAUAUCUGCAUCAAGAAAGAUGACUUCCUAUUGCUUUUAUCUUUGGGAAUUAUAUUUUUAUUUCUAGUUUUUGCAAUCCUGAAGUGCCUUUGAACAUAUUGUUGAAGACCGUCAACUGCAUCAUUGCCAUUGGUGUUCACACUGAGACCAUGUCUCCAAGGUCUCACACAACGUAUGUCUCUGUGAAGCUGCUGGUGUGUGUUUUUAACCAUAGCUAGCUGAGAUCCUGAAAAAAAAAACCUUAUUAAGGUUGACUUGUUAAAGUAGAAGCUGGAUGGCCAUCUGUCGGGAGGGCUUUGAUGGUGUGUUCCUACAAGGCAGAAGGUUUGUCCUUGUGGUCUCCAACUCUAGGACUCUUUGGAGGCUUCUUUGGAGGCUUUUAAGCAGAGGCUGGAUGGCCAUCUGUCGGGGGUGCUUUGAAUGAGAUUUCCUGCUUCUUAGCGGGGCGGGGGGGGGGGGGGUGGACUGGAUGGCCCAUGAGGUCUCUUCCAACUCUACUAUUCUAUGAUUCUAUGACUCUAUGGGCCCUUCUACUCUGCCAUAUAAUCCAGAUUAUCAUAGUAGAUAAUCCACAUUAUAUGAGUCUACACUGCCAUAUAAUCCAGAUUAUCAUAGUAGAUAAUCCACAUUAUGUGAGUCUACACUGCUCAAAGCAGAUAAUCCAGAUUUUAUAUGUGGCCCAUGACUCUAAAAGACAGCUAUGAAUUUUCGUGCCUUAAACAUACAGUAGAGUCUCACUGAUCCAACAUAAACGGGCCGGCAGAAUGUUGGAUAAGCGAAUAUGUUGGAUAAUAAGGAGGGAUUAAGGAAAAGCCUAUUAAACAUCAAAUUAGGUUAUGAUUUUACAAAUUAAGCACCAAAACAACAAAUUUGACAGAAAAAGUAGUUCAAUAAGCAGGAAUGUUAUGCUGUGAUUACAGUAUUUACGAAUUUAGCACCAAAAUAUCACGAUGUAUUGAAAACAUUGACUACAAAAAUGCAUUGGAUAAUCCAGAACGUUGGAUAAGUGAGACUACUGUAUUUGAAAGCAUUUGAUCACUAUGUAAAUUAUUAAAAUGAUUCAAUAUGAA